CCCAGCAGUGUCUGCUCAGUGGCUGCUGCUAUGGUAAUGGUGCGUGCAGCAUCGAUACGUUAGUGGUCAGAUUAACGUCCCGGGUGAGACUUAAAUGCAAGGAUAGACGCGGAAGUAAACAAGAAAAAGGACUUACGCGUUGGAGAAUAUGAACAAAGUGGACGCACCAUGCCGACCCGUCGCCUCUCUGAAAUUCACCAUUGACAACAUCCUCAAUCUCAAGACAAGCGGGAGGAACCGGGACAGCUGUCACCCCGCCGGAGUGCACGGUGGCUCCGCCACGGUCAUGCGUAAAGACGUCUUCCAGAGACACCACGAGGAGCACGUAGCCCAGCAGCGACAAGACCCGGGCAGCAGACUGAACGACAGAGAGUUGCUGACAGACUGCAGGGGAGCAGCGGACUCGGUCAUCAUCAGCCGCGGGGACCCGAAGAAGGCGACGGAGGUACGCUUCGAGAGCGGGGACAGCAGCUGCGACGACAGCAGUUCCACCACCACGGCCACGGACACCCACAAAGGUGGCAGCCCCGUCAAGAAGAGCAAAAUGAUCACGAAAAAGAAAACGCGCACUAUUUUUUCCAAGAGACAGAUCUUUCAGUUAGAGUCUACCUUCGACAUGAAACGCUAUCUGAGCAGCGCAGAGCGCGCCUGCCUCGCCAGUUCCCUGCAGCUCACGGAGACCCAGGUCAAAAUAUGGUUUCAGAAUCGCAGGAAUAAAUUGAAACGGCAAAUCUCAACCGAAAUCGACGGACCUGUUAGCGAUUUCCCUGAGACUGGAAAGCCCAUGGUGGUAGGGCAGCUCCCGGCCUUGUACAAAGAGAGCAACCUGCUGGGGAGGUGCCUGCUGCCCAUGCCUCUGCCCGUGGUCUACUCGGGGAGCAGCACGCCUUACCUCUGCUUCACUAACGCCAGCAAGUACUUCAGCCUGUACGACGGGGACGUAUGAUGGUGACAUUAAACCCACGUGAAAGAGACACUUUUUGGUGGGCUGUAGUCAAGAUUCAAGCAUUUAAAAGGGUGUUAGGUGGGGGGCCAGACCUGCGGCCUUACUGUUUUUGGAGACUGCAGAUAAAACGACAAAGGAGAAGUUACAUAUCACUUUAAAAAAAAGCUGAUUCGGGAUUAUUUAUUUAUUUUUCUUCAAAGCUAUGGAUUUUGUUUAGGCCUCACUAAACCUACUACACAUAACCGUUUUUAGGAUAUAGCAGGCUAAGCUAAUAAUAGCCUGAGGGAGGCCUAACACAUUAUUAAUCCUAACAUUUUAUUGUUUACAUGACAUGGCAUUAUUAUUAUCAUUAUCAUUAUUAUUAUUAUUAUCAACGACAACAGCAUUUCCAGCAGCCAAGCCACCAAAGAAAUUAUAGCCUAUAGCUAUUUGCAUGCAUUUCCUGUAUCAUAAUGAAUUUUGAAUUACUGAAAUUAUCUAUGUAUUUAAAUGAAUGUAAUUAACAUUUUAUUAUAUAUUUCACGCAUGUCUAUUUUGUUUUCUGAGUAUCCUACUAUUCUUACUUUAUUCCACGUUUGUCUAUUGGCCCAUUACACAAUUUAUUCAAACUGUAAUUAAAACAUCUUCAUUCAAGAAAUAUUUUUAUUCACCAUUUUCAACUGAACUGUUUGUGUUUCGGACCAGUUCAUCUCGACAUGACAUUGCAGUAAAUGAGGAUACAAUGAACGUGUUUAAUAAUUAAAACAUGGUUAUGUUA